CAAUCCUGGCAGCAAUCCCACGUGACACAGCUUGGCAAGGCAAUCCAACGAUCCUGACUAUGUGCUUUGGCCUUCACAAAAAGGAAACCGUAGAAAAGAAUAAAAAAAGGCCGUUCAACUAAUUUAAGCAGAAGCAUCUAAAAAGCUUCCUCCUGUUUCCUCAAAACUGUUGCUUGGAAUUCAAAGCCUUGUUCCUCUGCUUAGAUUUUUGUUACUCUUUCUGGGCUCGAAUUCUUAAGGAGAAAAGAUGACAAAAGAAAGGAAAAUUGGUGUAGCCGUGGAUUUCUCCAAGGGAAGCAAAUUAGCUCUCCAAUGGGCCGUUGACAAUCUGCUAGACAAAGGUGAUACCCUGUAUCUCAUCCAUGUCAAGCCCCAACAGAGUGACGAGUCCCGCAACCUUCUUUGGUCAACCACCGGCUCACCUCUGAUUCCUUUGGCGGAGUUUCGUGAGGAGGAGGUGAUGCAGAAGUACGAGGUUAACCUUGAUCCUGAGGUUCUGGACUUGGUUGAUACUGCUUCCAGGCAGAAGCAGGUGACUAUUGUGGCAAAGAUUUACUGGGGUGAUGCCAGAGACAGAAUCUGUGAAGCUGUUGGAGACUUGAAGCUUGACUGUUUGGUCAUGGGUAGCCGAGGACUUGGCACCAUCCAAAGGGUACUGAUUGGGAGUGUGAGCAACUAUGUGAUGGUACAUGCUACUUGCCCUGUAACAAUCGUCAAGGAUCCCAGUGCUCAUGGUUUUUGACAAGAAAGUCUGAUUUAGUUUUCUGCAAAGUAUUGUAUCUUCGAAAAUAAUCGGUGAUCUCAUCUCUCUUUGGGGAUACAUGGAUAUCUUGAUUGUUAAGGUGUGCUGAGAUCUUGAGAGUGCUUUCUGCUUUCCAAAGCUGUUUCCAUGAUUAAACCUUGUAUCUACAUGGUUUAUAGUUGCAUUAAAUAACAAACUUUUGCUUCCUAUUAUUUUAUUUAUUGGCCUAGUGAACAAUCUACC